UUUUAUUUUUAAAUAAAUAGCAACGUACGACGCUCUUGCUCCGUUAGCUUACCUGGAACCAAUGGCUCCCAGGCAGCCAUUGGUUUACAUGCAUUUCAGUACGGAAAAUGCGUCUGACAGCAUUCCUAUCAAUGGCAGCCAAGGCUGCUUUCCCCAAAAACUAUCGCUAUGGCACCAAUAGACCCUGGACCGUCGCUGCAAAGAGGCGUAACCCGCCAGCCAUGAAGAGGAAAAAGAUAUUUGUGGAGCCAAUAGCAAAUGAAGACUUUAGUGUUUUCAAAGGAGACACUGUCGAGAUUCUAAAUGGAAAAGACAAGGGGAAACAAGGAAAGGUGACCCAAGUCUUCAGAAAAAGAAACUGGGUUAUUUUGGAGGGACUGAACACGCAUUACAGAUAUGUAGGCAAAUCCAUGGACUACCGUGGGCUCUACAUCAGUAGUGAGGCACCCCUUCUCAUCCGCGACAUCGCCCUCAUUGACCCCACAGACAGGAAGCCCACCGAGGUGGAGUGGAAGUUCACAGAGGAGGGGGACAGGGUCCGGGUGUCUCUCAGGACGGGUCGGAUCAUCCCCAAACCGAUUGUCCAGCGCAGAGACGGCAUUGUGCCAGAGCAGUGGAAGGAUGGUCCCAAAGAUACCAAUCCUGAAGACACUCUGGAGAGGACCUAUUUACCGUCUUUGAAAACCCUAGAGGAGGAGGUCAUGGAGAAACUGGGCAUCCAGGAGACCAGGAGACACCGGACAUCCUUCUGGUAUUGAGUGGAGAAUCUGAAGAGACAUUUAUUACAUCCCUCGGUGUCCCCAUUCUUAAACUGCCCCUCCCCUUCAGACAGCAGGAGAUUCUGAAGGUACAAUGUUAUGGGGGGAUUCAACUGAUGGACAUAUUAUAGUAGGAUUAAUGAGAAUGGGGAGAGAAAAACAUCUGUGGAUCAUCUAAGAUGGUGUCACUAAAACCCUUUUUUUAUGUUAUGUUAUGUUAUGUUAUGAAUAAAUACAAGUAAAGAGA